GCCUGCACUGGAGCUGGGGAGCAGCUCUGUUUGGAGCACUCCCAGCCUGCUCUAGAGCUGUGGAGCAGUUCCCUGGCUGCUCCCAAGCCCGGGGAGUUCCUGGAUGUGCUCUGCUGUGCACCAGCCCCACGGCUCUGCAGUGCCGCGGAUCAGGUGGUUGCGGAGCCGCGCAGGAACACGAUGCAGCUGAGGAGACAAGCACAGCCCCCGGCAGCCUCUGGAGCUGCUCUCCAGAACAAGGCGACCUCUAAGCUCCCAUCCAUCACGGAAACGAUGUUGCUGAUACUGCAGGAGACCACGGAACUCUCAAGGCUCUGCAGAAGGUUCACCACUGAUGACAUCCCCCCUCAUGACAAUACUGGAACUGGCACCAGCAGUGCCACUGUCACCACCAGCACCACGAGCAGAGCAGCAGUGCAACAGCCAGCACAGAGCACCCUAGGGAUCAAACUGGCACCACCCUAUGGAUCAACACUGGCACCACCCUAUGGAUCAACACUGGCACCACCAUCCAAAGCUCUUCCCACCUCACCCCGACAGGCAGCUCAGACAGGAGUCCCCAGGGACCACAACCACUCCUGUCACGACACAGGAGUCAGCACAGCACAGCAGCAGCGAGGCCACAGCCAGCAACAGGAGCACCAGGAAGAGUUCACACAUCAACACCUGCUUCUCUCAUUACUUUUGUGCUGUUUCCACAGAUCCCAAUCAUUUCAAAAAACUGAGACCAUGAUGGUCGAACUGAAGCACAUCACAAGCCUGCUUGUGUGUGAAACUUCUAAGUACUUGUAUUACUCCUUAAAAUGAGAUACAGGGAUCACUUCGAGAAAUUUUAUCCCAUGUUUUAGCUGUUACUCAUUUAAUACUUCAGAAAAUUAAAAUGAUAAAAUCACCAAUAAAGGGUUAACAGCAAUGUGGUGUAGUUGUAGUUUACUUGAGACAGGGAAAAUUAAUAAAGUGCAUUUAAAAUAUUAGGUGUUUUUCCACAGGUAUUCACAUACUCCUGGGCUGAAAAACUAUGAUGGUUUUGAUUUAGGAAACAACUCAAAAAUACUGUCAGCAAAUUUUAACAACUAAGCUAUUUUCAGAUUCUUGCCUGUUACAAAGUUGGUGUCUCUUAUACACACUUGAUACUUUUGUUUUACAGGUUUCUUUCAGACUGGGAAGGUGAAAGGUUUCUUACCGCCGAGCGUGUAGUAGAAAACAGGAUUGCCAACUUUGGAUGUCCCAGCUUGGUAGAAAAUAUUUAACGUUUUCAGUGCUUUGAACUCCUCUUUUUCAUGUACCUGAUGCCUAAAAAGCAAUAGAUGGACAUCAACUUUCACAACUACCUUUCAAAAAAGUAAAAUAAUAAAAAAAAACUCCAACCAAAUCCUCUUUACUUGCACCUUUAAACAAAAAUAUUAAGUUCACAUAAUCUUAAGCCUUUGUUAAAUCACAAAUGUUAAUACCAUCUCCAGUGCCCAGUUUAGUUUUUUUAAUUAAAAUCUACUCAGAAAUCUAAAAGCUUUACACAGACUCAGCUUUUUAAACUCCCCUCAAAACUACAGCGGGAGCCUCAGUAACUGCUCACAGCUCCAAAUUACAGGAAAGUCCAGAAUCCCCCACUGCG